GCUACCUGACACAGGGUAGAGGGUGACUGUGCCUGCUGCUAACCCGGGACCACAUGGGGUUGCGCGACCGAGGCGCCGGGUGGUAUCCGCACCGCCGGCAUGGGGCCAACACACGGGACCGGUUGCUCGGGUAGCUGCCCUCCUGGCUGCGACCCUUUGCCCGGCGCCCGCCCAGUUUGGCCGAGUCACCGCCGGCUCCGGAGACGCUCGGCCGUCCUUGGCCAAUCAGAACGCCGGCCGGGGGAGCAGCGCCGUCUUUGGGCAGGCUGCGGGCGCCACGUGGGAGCCCGCUCGAGCUGAGCUGGUGCGACCAGUGAGGACCGGACCCGACCUGAUCCGAGUCACUUGCGGCGACCUCCUCUUCCCGGCGGGAUGUCGAGGAGAAUGCCCAGCGACAGCUCUACCCUGGGGCAAAGACAGAAUUCUUGGGAGUUUUCGUAAAGGUCGCGGAAGGGCGUCUUGACCUUCCUUUUCGUACGUACAUCGAACCGAAUGGUGUUAUCUUUGGAGAUCCUCUACCGGGGACCAAGACUCCCCCUCCGAGGCUUUGCGGAGGUGGCAUUUGCCUGAACGGAAAUUCUCCAGAAGAUGAUUUUUAUAAACUGAGCGUACUGUUCCUGGAGUGGCCUGUUGUGAGGAUUAAAUGAGAAAAAUUGAAAAUAUUCUCUUUGGAAUGGGAAAUCCUCUUCUUGACAUCACUGCUGUGGUGGAUAAGGAUUUCCUUGAUAAGUAUUCUCUUAAACUGAAUGACCAAAUCUUGGCUGAAGAGAAACACAAGGAACUGUUUGAUGAACUUGUAAAAAAAUUCAAAGUUGAAUAUCAUGCUGGUGGCUCUACCCAGAAUUCAAUUAAAGUGGCCCAGUGGAUGAUUCAGCAGCCACACAAAGCAGCAACAUUUUUUGGAUGCAUCGGGAUAGAUAAAUUUGGGGAGAUCCUGAAGAAAAAAGCUGCCGAAGCCCAUGUGGAUGCUCAUUACUAUGAACAGAAUGAGCAGCCAACAGGAACUUGUGCUGCGUGCAUCACCGGUGGCAACAGAUCCCUUGUAGCUAAUCUUGCUGCUGCCAAUUGUUAUAAAAAGGAAAAACAUCUUGAUAUGGAGAAAAACUGGAUAUUGGUAGACAAAGCAAGAGUUUAUUAUAUAGCAGGUUUUUUUCUCACAGUUUCCCCAGAGUCAGUUUUAAAAGUGGCUCACCAUGCUUCUGAAAACAACAGAAUUUUCACUUUGAAUCUGUCUGCACCAUUUAUUAGUCAGUUCUACAAGGAAUCAUUGAUGAAAGUUAUGCCUUAUGUUGACAUACUCUUUGGAAAUGAGACGGAAGCUGCCACUUUUGCUAGAGAGCAAGGCUUUGAGACUGAAGACAUUAAAGAAAUAGCCAAAAAGACACAGGCUCUUCCAAAGGUGAACUCAGAGAGGCAGCGAAUCGUGAUUUUCACUCAAGGGAGAGAUGACACCAUACUGGCUACAGAAAGUGAAGUCACCGCUUUUGCUGUCUUGGAUCAAGACCAGAAAGAAAUUGUUGAUACCAAUGGAGCUGGAGAUGCAUUUGUUGGAGGUUUUCUGUCUCAGCUGGUCUCUGACAAGCCCCUGACUGAAUGCAUCCGUGCUGGCCACUAUGCAGCAAGUGUCAUAAUUAGGCGGACUGGCUGCACCUUUCCUGAGAAGCCAGACUUCCACUGAUGAAAAAGCAGGAAACCGCAGCCCCGGAGUACAGACGCUGCCCUGAUGGCUUCCUGAGAAUUCCCAUAUUAAUAAAGAAGAAAAUUAAAUGCUACCUUUCCUACUAUAAUAAUGUUCAUCUUAAUUUAGAGGGUACAGUAGUACACACUAGAAUCUUUAUUCUCUCAGCAACCUAAAAUCGGAGGUUUAUUUCCAUAGUUUGAUAGUGCCACUUAAAUGUCAAUUAAACAGGAAUAUAACAUCUCAAUAGAAAUUUUGUUUCAUUUUUAUUACUUUGUAAAUUCAUGUGUACUUAGUAAAGUGAUCUUUUUUUACAUUUCUGCUUUGAAUGCAGACGCAAUUUAAUAUGAUAGAUUUUUUAAAGGAAUUAAAGAUAAUAUCAGUAUAUAAAUCUUUAGCUUUUAUACAAGUAUAUUUAAUUCAGAAGUGUGUGUACACAUAUAUACACACAUAUGUUCAUAUAUGUACCACAUAUAUACAUGAUAAAUGGUUAAAUAAGGUACAGAAAUAUUUAUCUUGCCAAGUUAUGCCAAGUAAUUUCUUCAGUGUGUACUCAAACAUGUAAUAAACUUUGGAUAAUUAAAUAAUUUGCCAAAUUAUAAGCUAUAUUACAAUAUUCAAGUCAUAAUCUUAUAUUUACUUAUGGUACUCUGUAAUUUGAUACAAAUAAAAACUUGUCAUAUGGGA